AUGGAUACUUAUAUAGCCAGUGCCCAUGGCGUUGUUCUGCUAUACGAUAUCACAUCUCUGUUUACCUUUGAUCAUCUUAUCCAACAUACGUACCUGCAUAUCUGGCACUGUCGCAACACUGUAUUCAUCAAAGAUGGCACAGAAGGGAGCAUGCAAGGAGUGAGGAAGAGGUUUGGAUGCGUGGUAGUUGGUAGUAAGAAGGACAUCGUCGACGAGGAUAAGGGGAAAAGGCAGGUGAAGAAGGAAAUGGCGGAACAAUGGGCUGCAAGUCAGGGUUUCCGUCAUAUCGAGAUCAGUUCGAACGAGAGGAAAGAGGUUGAAGAUGCUGUUCGAGACCUGGUAGAUAGUGUGCAGAGGGCGAGAAGGAUGGAUGCCAGAGAUGUUCGAGAUAGCAAGAGUGAUGGGAAGGGGUGGACCAAGAAGAUUAGCAAACGAACCAUUGGUGGGUAG